AUGUCUGUUGUGCGCAUUAUCACUUUGAAGGACUGUGCAAUCGGAAUCUCUGCCAUCGAUUUCUCUUUGAAUUCUCCAUUGAAAAUCGGAUCAAUUGGUGUCGGUUCGGUGACACUCAAAACUGCGGCGAGCUCAUCAUAUUUGGCGUCGUUGAUUGUGAAUUCUGUGGAAUCUGGACUCGCGGCGAACAUGCCUUCAAAGACGAUAAAAAUGUCUCAAAAUGCAGUAAUCAGUAUUUACGAAUCAACAUUCGCCCAAUCAGACAAAACCGACGCGGUUCUAGUUGUCGAGCCGGAAGAGGAGAAUAAUGAUGAUUCCGACGAGGAUUACGUCUCACCAAUUAAAUAUGCCAGAUCAAGCUAUGGCAGGGUCCCACAGCCAGUGGUGGCCCCCAGGAUUCAAUCAACAAAGUUGUAUGUUAAUAAAGCGCUUCUCUCCUAUCAUUCCGACUAUUUCAAAGAAGUUUUCGAUGCGAAUUCGAAGAAUAAUGAGAUCAAAAUCGAAGAAGUCACAUAUAAAGAGCUCGCGACUCUCCUGAGUCUCAUUCAGGAUAAUCCCAUUAAGUUUGAACAAAAAGACGCUGAAAAACUCAUUAUUCUCGCCGAUCGAUUCCAACUUCCAGCCGCGAAGCGUCACGUGGAACUGUUUCUUAUCGCAUCCUCACUUUAUUACUCUGCUAAAAUUCAAAUCGCUAACAAGUAUGAUCUCGAUGAACUUCUGAAAGCAUCCCUGCUGGAAAUCACUCAUAUCAAUCAUAUUCCGGAUGAAAAUACGCUGAAAAAUUAUUCCGAAGAGACCAAUCUCAAAAUUUUUAAUCGUUGUCUUGAAUUGGUGAAAUCUAUGAGAUAA